AAAGUUUAGUAAGGAUCAGUCAAGUCCUAACGCUUACCCCAAAUCAAAAUCACACUUCUCGCCGCCGUGCCGCGCCGCCAACGUCGCUAGCCACCGCCGCAGGCAGAGUCGUCUUCUUCUCCUCCCAAGGCCGCGUUUUCGUGAAUACUUUGCAGCUGUUGUAUCCAUCUAUGUGUUGUUGCUCUCUCUGUUUAAUUCAUACAUAAGUUCGCUAUGGCUGCACAUUCCGAUUCAAGAAAACGCACUUUGGAAGCUUUGGAGAAAAGGUUUGCUAUUGCCAAAGCUGAGAUUUUCAACAAAGAGAAAGCAAACAAAAUCACCCUCCGAGAACAUGUCAAACCAUCUCAUCCUCAUCCUGCACCUUCUGCUUCUCCUAAUGCUCAGAAGCCAAAUCCUAAACCGAAACCACAACCAUCUCCUACACCCAACAAAGGGAAUUUCAGUUUCUUUGGUUAUACCUUUAUCAAAGAAACUGAAGAGGCUGAUCCAAUAUAUGCCCAACUUUCUCAUGAUGUAAACGAAAAUCUGCUUAGAACUAAUGACAAGUCUUGUACUGAUAGAAGAAGUUCAGUUGAUAGCACACUGCACGAGCUUUUUAUGAAAGGGGAUAAUGGCUAUAAGUACAUGCAUGGAUCUAGAAGCUACAAAAUUGACAACAUCAUCCAUCUUGAUUAUGUUGUACAAGGACGUUCAAUUGCUUCUGGUUCUCAAGCUAGGACUUUACAAAUUCAUUCAAAACGCUCGAAGAAACACAUGUCCAUGAAACAGCAUAAGAAAAAGGGAUCAUUAGAUCUUCCUCAAGAGUUCCAUAAAUUUAACAUUUUCAAGCCAAUGCGUGAAAUGUGGAAUGACUAUAUAGCGAAGCUUCUUAAAGCCACUAGGAUAGAUCAAUUGGCUCAAUGUCUCCUUGGUGCAGAUCUACAUGGUGCUUUUAUUCUAGUUGUGGAGUGUAAAAUCAUCCAUUUUACUGGAACUUGUGGCAUCAUGAUUCGUGAAACUGCAGAAGCAUUUGGGAUAAUUACUGAAGAUAAUAAAUUCCGAGUUGUCCCCAAAAGAGGGUCUGUGUUUUAUUCCAAGUUGAUUGCUUCAAAGUCACCGUCCAUGGAGAUAAACUCAGUUCGAGAAGGAUUGGAUUAUGAUACUACAAAUGAUCCCUCAACUCUAGGUGAAAACAUAUUCAUCCUACUUAACGCCUUUUCUAUCAAUCUUUGAUGCUGAUGCGGGAAAGUCAAAUUCGCAUGAAAAAAGUCUCUACCGAUUCUGUUGUUAUGGGAUGACUAAAUGUUUGUUUUCACAUGAUUGAGUCCUGAAGCUGGUUUGGAACAAACGGCGAAUUGUUAGAGCAGCAGCCGUCUUCGGUUCCAGGGCAUCUUCUAACAGAAAUGUGAAUGUUUUGAGUGUUUGAGCAUUUCGCAUUGAACUCAGAAGAUGAUCUUGCAGCUUUGGAUCUUUCAAAAUCUCAAGUGACUCACUCGAGUAUCUUGUCCCAAUUAUUUCAGUUUGUUUAGAGAACACUACUGCAGUUGUUUCCAUCAGAAAACAUGGAAAUGUCAAAUGACCCACAAUUUUGCCCCCGAGAAUUUGGUAUUUUCUAGGUAUGGAUGCAUUUACUUGUGUAUAGAACCUCCCAUUUUCUUGAGUGAUUUUCUGCUCACUUUAGAAUUGGAACUAAAUAUAUAGUAUUUCAGCAAUUGAAUUAGCCACUUAAUGUUAUAAUAUUUUUUAAUUGUUUUUGUUA